CUUAUUUAACCUCGUGAUGAAGCAAAUGAAAAUGUGGCUUUUGGGUUUGGUGUUCUGUUUGGCCCUUGGGACCCUGCAUUCUGAGACAUCCAGAGGGAAGACACCACCUGUGGAUCCUGAAACAAAUAUGAAUGUGAGUGAAAUUAUCUCCUCCUGGGGGUUUUCUAGUGAGGAACACCUCGUGGAGACAGAAGAUGGAUACAUUCUUUGCCUCCACCGAAUUCCUCAUGGGAGGAAGGACCAUUCUGACAAAGGCCCCAAGCCAGUGGUGUUCCUGCAGCAUGGCUUGCUGGGAGAUUCGAGUAACUGGGUCACAAACCUACCCAACAGCAGCCUGGGCUUCAUUCUGGCAGACGCCGGUUUUGACGUGUGGAUGGGGAACAACCGGGGAAACACCUGGUCUCGGAAACACAAGACACUUUCAGUUCUUCAGGCUGAGUAUUGGGCCUUCAGUUUUCAUGAGAUGGCCAUCUAUGACUUACCGGCUUCCAUUAACUACAUUUUGAACAAAACCGGCCAAAAGCAAGUGUAUUAUGUGAGUCAUUCCCAAGGCACCACAAUAGGUUUUAUAGCAUUUACAUGGCUCCCAGCACUGGCCGAAAAGAUUAAAAUGUUUUUUGCCCUGGCUCCUGCAGCUACAAUCACCUUCUCUAUUAGCCCUCCACUUCGGCUAACACAAUUGCCAGAAGUUCUCCUUAAGGAUGUACUUGGAGACAAGGAACUUCUUCCCCAGAAUACAUUGCUGAAGUGGCUGAGUGUUCAGUUUUGCGAUCAUGUUGUCUUAAAGGAGCUUUGUGGAAAUAUGUUUUUCCUUACGUGUGGGUUCAAUGAGAAAAACUUAAAUAUGUCUAGAGUGGCGUUGUACAUGACACACACUCCUGCCGGGACUUCUGUGCAGACCGUGUUACAUUGGGGCCAGAUUAUAAAAUCACAAAAGUUUCAAGCCUUUGACUGGGGGAGUGAGGACAAGAACUAUUUUCAUUACAACCAGACUUCUCCUCCCGCUUACAACGUGAGAGACAUGUCUGUGCCGACUGCUGUGUGGAGCGGGGACAAGGACUGGCUCGCGGACGUCAUCGAUGUCAAUGCCUUACUGACCCAGAUCCCCAACUUGGUGUACCACAAGUGUAUUGAAGGGUGGGAACAUCUGGACUUUAUCUGGGGCUUGGAUGCCCCUUGGCAGCUCUACAAGGAGGUGGUGAACUUCAUGAGAAAGUAUUAG